AUGGCACAACUAUCAUCACAAGGUAACAAUGCCAUUAUCUACCUUACUUAUAUCUUCAUGUUGGCCACAGGUCUAUUCCUAGCCUGGAAAUUUGCCUCAAAGAGUGAUUUCCUUUCUUCGAAUGGAACGCAAAGAGGUAUCCCGUUGGCGUUGAACUUUAUCGCUUCAGCCAUGGGUGUUGGUAUCAUUGCUACUUAUGCCGAAAUUGCAAACAUUGCCGGGUUGCAUGGAUUACUCGUGUACACCCUUUGUGGGUCCAUUCCUAUUGUCGGAUUUGCCGUAUUUGGUCCUAUUAUCAGAAAAAAGUGCCCUGAUGGAUUCAUUUUGACUGAAUGGGUAAGGCAUAGAUUCGGAAUAGUUACAGCGUUGUAUUUGUCGUUUUUCACUUGUUUGACAAUGUUUUUAUUCAUGAUUGGUGAAUUGUCGGCAAUUAGAAGUGCUAUUACAGCAUUGACUGGGUUGAAUGCGUUGGGUGCUGUCAUUGUUGAAUGUGCAGUAACGACAAUCUAUACAUUUUUUGGUGGAUUCAGAGUUAGUUUCAUCACCGACAACUUCCAAGGUGCUUGUGUUUUAAUUUUGGUGAUCAUUUGUGCUUGUGGAAUGGGAUCUUACAUCGACAUUGAUACAUCAAAAGUGGGUCCUUCGGGUUUAUUAAAGGGCAAUAAAUUGGGUUGGCAAUUGGUUUACAUCUUGUUUGUGGCAAUCGUGACUAAUGACUGUUUUAUGUCAGGAUUUUGGUUGAGGACAUUUGCCAGUAAGACAGAUAAGGAUUUAUGGAUUGGCUGCUCAAUUGCUGCCGUUGUUACUUUUGUCAUCACUUCAUUGGUGGGAACCACUGGAUUCUUGGCCGUUUGGUCGGGUGAUUUACAGGUGGGAGAUAGCGAUGGAUCCAAUGCAUUUUUCAUUUUGUUGUCGCAUAUGCCUCGUUGGUUAGUUGCAUUUGUGUUGAUUUUCUGUAUUAUUUUGUCAACUUGUACUUUUGAUUCAUUACAGUCGGCGUUUGUUUCAACCAUAUCCAAUGAUGUGUUUAGAAACAAGCUUCACACCAAUUGGUCGCGUCUUUUGGUGGUGAUUAUGAUUUUCCCCAUUGUUGUUUUGGCAGUUAAAGUGGCGGACAAUAUCUUGCAAAUUUACUUGAUUGCUGAUUUGGUGAGUGCUGCUGUGAUCCCCGCUGUGUUCCUCGGUUUAAGUAACACAUACUUCUGGUGGAUGAGAGGCUUUGAUGUUAUGUGUGGUGGAUUGGGUGCAUUGGUCGGGGUGUUUGUGUUUGGAACUGUUUAUUACCAUAGUGCAAAAGAAGGUGGAAAAUUGUUGUUGAUUUGGAAUGGACUUUACGAUCAAGACGAUUGGGGUCCAUUUGGUGCGUUUGUAAUUGCGCCAGUAGGCGGAAUCAUUUUUUCAUGGAUUGCUGCCGCUUUGAGAAUCGGAGCCGUGUAUGUCUACUCAAAGAUACGGGGUAAUCCAUUCACCGCCUUGGACAGACCAGAUGAAGAACCAAUUUACGUUGAUAAUCAAACCACCUACGGUAGUGAUGCUGAUGCUGAACAAACUAGUGUAGAUAAGAAAAGUGUAUAA